UUUGUUCCAGUACAAAAUAUAAAGGCACUUUGUUUGUACGAGCUACUGUUGCUGAUCAGGGUAUUUGGAACUGCGAUCCCUCGUCAAGCAGGAUUCAGUGUGAGCUCUAUCAUAGAUCCUGUUUUGCACCCGAUUGUAGCAGCUGGAUCCAAUAGGUGUGAAGCUCUAAAGAGUUUCUUUGGUAUAACUUAUGAGCAGAUCCUAGAGAAAAACAGAACCAAUUUCAACGAAAUACUAACCAUUGAUCAUAUAACAAAAAAUGGUAAUGUCAAACAUAACUUAACCGAUAUUAACUAUUUGAAGAAUUUGAUGGUUAAUGGUGAAAACAUAAUCAUCCUUGUUCACGGUUUUAUGGAAAGUUCAGAUGGUUUGAUGGUGCAAGGGGUGGCACCAGAAUUGCUCAAGCAAAAGCGUGUGAAGGUAUUCGCUCUGGAUGGAAGAAAGGUGAUCAAUUGGGAGUACUUUAGAUCUUCAACUCACGUCCGGUUCAUGGGUCAAAAGUUUGGGACACUUUUGACAGAACUAAUUAUGCGUGGUGUGAACGCAUCAAAAGUAACUUUGGUCGGGCAUAGUCUUGGAGCCCACAUAGCUGGUAUAGCAGGAACGAAAGUGAAAGAUAAAACUGGUACACGCAUUGCAAGAAUAACUGGUCUAGAUCCAGCUGGACCUUGCUUCAGUAACAUAGACAUAGGAGCAAGGCUGGAUUCAACUGAUGCUGAAUAUGUAGAUGUUAUCCACACCAACGCAGGGAUGCUGGGAUUGCAAGAACCUGUAGGGCACAAAGACUUUUACCCAAAUAACGGCAUGUCCCAACCAGGAUGUAUAUUCUCCACCUGCGAUCACAGCAGAGCCUGGGAGUUGUAUGCCGAAUCCAUUAGUUCACCCAACCACUUUCCUGCUCGCAAGUGUGAUAAUUGGACGAUGUUUCAAAAUGGCCUCUGCGCGAAGAAUGCUGUAACUUACAUGGGAUUGAACUCCAGACCCGGAGAUUUAGGAAUAUACUUUUUAACCACUGGGUCAUCGCCACCCUAUAGCAUGGAAGCAGCUGGGAGUGGUUGA